CCCGAGGGGCUCGGUGGGGGACUGCGUGCCCCCGGGGUUCUGCGGUCGCGCUCCCGCCCGCUGCUCGCGGAGAUGCCCGGGAAGAGGGCGCGUAAGAGCGCGCAGCCCAGCCCCGCCCGGGCUCCGGCAGAGCCUGAGGUGGAAUGUGCCUUGCAAAUCAGGAGAAUCGGAGACAAACUGAAUUUUCGGCAGAAGAUUCUGAACCUCAUUUCCAAAUUCUUCCACUCAGGAACCUGACUGUCAGAAGCUUGUGAAUGAGGAGUCUCCUUUAAAAUGGAAGAUUCCUCAGUAGGCUCUGAUUUUAUCAAUUAGUGGAGAGAAGUCCUUGUAAUGGAGAAAAAAGUGAAGGAGUACUCACUUGCUUCGGGGUGCCCUUGGAAAGGAAGAUGGAAUAUAUAAAACUGAAUUUCUGUUGCAGAGUUCCCAGAAGUCAUUCUUUGGAUGUGAGGACAUUAAACAUCUACUUGAUUUGUUUAUUUUAAAGCAAGCAUGGAAGAGCUUUAAAAAUAGCGAAUUAAUUAAUGAUACAUGUUGUUUUUGCAUAGAGAAUCGUUCUAAUAUUUUUGCUGAAGGUUGCUGCUCAACCUAAGCAGUGUAAGGGGAGUUGACAUGUAUAAUCUUUGGUUUAUAUAUUACCUUGUUAAAAGUAAAAUUUUCGUUCUGAGAACACUGAAUAGCAUAGUGAAUGUUGGUUUUAUAGGUCACUACAACAUAAGAUAACUUGAUAGUUUGUUUCUUUUGACUUAAAAUUUAUUGCAACUGUUCAGAUGACCUACCACAUUAUUGUGUUCCUGUGGGUCAUAACUGGAAAGUGUGUGCUUUGAAAAAAUUUGAUAGAAGUAUAGGAAUAUUAUUUGCUAUUCUUGCAGGCAGAAUGUGAAAAGAUAAAGUGCGUUGGGAUUUUGCAUAGCCAGAAAUAAUGAAAAAAGAGAAUUAGACCUUUCACUGCUGUAAUUAAAACUUAGCAAAACAAAUGAUGCUAUUAUAAAUUACUGUGUAAAGUAAUUUGCUCAGAAAAGGUGUAUGUAAAGUCUCUAAAAUGUUAUUUCUCAGUCAAGUCUCUGUAUCCUAGUAAGGUGAGAUUUUUUUUUUUAGAGGAUUAAGCAUGUUUUCAUAGUUGAGAUACUGUUUUUAAAAAGGGAACAGAUCGAUCAGCACAUGAACCCCAUUUAUACACAUGAAGUUUUCUCUCUGAUUAGGAUUGGUAUUAUAUGAAGAUUACAGGAAAGGGUUCAUGAAUGUCAUUAUUAUUAUUAAAAGGCCCAGGCUAUUAGCAAAACCCCCAGACAUGUAAAAAAGAAAAAAAAAAUCAUGAUUGACUUUGAACAGGGAUAAUCUUAUUUAUUUUAUCUAUUUAUGAUGAUAACUUUUUUUUUUCAGUUGAAAAUACGUUAGUUUAAGUUGCAGUUUUGGGUUAUGAGACCAGCCUUUGUUUUGUAACUACUUGAACUUUUACAGUGAGAAUGUUUUAAUAUAGGCUAUAGUCACUUUAGAAAAAAAUUACCUCGGCCUCUGCUUUUCUUCAGUAUUACUUCAGGUUGGUUUAUUUAGUUGCAAAGACUUUUGUCUGCCUGAAGGCAGGUAUUUUGCCAUGUGGAUAUUUAUGGUAUGUAACUGUAUUUAUAUAUAUACUUAUCAAACUUGAUACUGUAGCUUUAAAUGAUUAAAAAUGA